AGAUUGUUCCACAUCAUGUGCUGAUCCUAUGCCCUAUGCUUUCACCCUGUUGACUGUGAUAAUAAAGCAGGUUGUAAAAGCAGGUUAAUUAAAACCCUGGCAACCCGAACAGGGGACUUUAUCACUGCUGUUGACUCUCUGAUCAGCCAGAAGACUCACAACAGGGAAAGUUCAGCGUUUUAUUCAGCAGUUUAUUGGGUCGAGGUUUAAACUUGAUCCGGUGAAUGUGGUUUAGUUUAAACGUGGUUUAGUUUAAACGUUUGACUAAAAAGCAUUACAUCAUCACUGAAGGUCAUGGAGGAAGCCGGAGGAUCUCGCGGUCACGACCGUUGUCCGUCCCUGUCCUUGUCCCCUGUCCAGACCAUAAACCUGAUCCUGAUCGGAGAGAGAGAGGCUGGGAAGAGCGCAGCUGGAAACGCCAUCCUGGGCACCAUGGCCUUCGACCAGGUGGGGGUGAGGACCAGGAAAAGUGUUCGUCAGGAAGGUGUGGUGAGAGGAAUGCAUGUGGUGGUGGUGGACACACCAGGCUGGGAAUGGUUUAACCUGAGCGGUUCCUCUGCGUCCUCUGUGGCUGUGAGGAAGGAGAUGAUCUCAGGUAUGACCCUGUGCCACCCAGGUGCUCAUGCUCUGCUGCUGGUGGUUCCUCUGUCCUUCUCCUUCUCUCCAAGGGAACGUCGUGUUGUGGAGGAACACAUCGAUCUGUUCGGACCACAAGCCUGGAGACACACACUAGUCCUGUUCACCGUGAUGGACACCAAGCUCCUCCAUGAUUCUGCCCUGCAGGAUGAGGUGGAGUUGAAUACAGAGCUGCAACAGCUGGUGGAGAAGUGCAGUGGGAGGUACCAUGCUCUUCAUGGGAGACCCAAAAGAGGAGAGGACCAGGUCGCAGAACUUCUGUCUAAGAUCCAUGAGAUGGCGUUUGGUGAUGGAGAAUCGAUGCUCCUCAGUGACCAAGUGAUGAAGUGGUCCAAGCAGAGAGAGGAGGAAGAAGAGAGACAAGAAGAGGAAGAGAGGAGGAGGAGGAGAGAAGAGAUGAUGCAAAGAGUCAAGCAGACUUCCAGGAAGAGGGAGGUGGAGAAGAGAAUGAGAGGAAAUAAAAUAAAAGUCACUGAAGAAGAAGAGAACAGACAGCAGAAAAGAGACAUGAAGGGGGCAGAUCUUCAGGACCCCGCAGUGACUGAGCGAGUCGAGACAUAUUUCACUCACUUCUGUAAGACACAGUAGAAGAAACAGGAGAAGAUGGACGUGUGCAAGAUACUACAGAAGUUUUAUUGUAGACUCUUUUACUUUUGUAUUCAGUCUCACACACAUACACACACAGACACACACACACACACACACACACACAGACACACACACACAUACACACACAGACACACACACACAUACAUACACACACACACACAGACACACACACACA